AUGACAUUUCCUUGGUCUCCGUACGGUGGCACAUCACCUUUUAAUCAAACCCUGUCACAAGGGCGAAGUUUUAAUACGAAUGUUGUAACCAUACCUGACGGCAGCUCUCCAUCAACUACUUGGCUACCUCUCUACAACCUCCGAACUGCAUAUCAGGAGGAUGAAAUUGUAAUUCUGAUUCAUGAAAUUGUCCAGGACUAUGUCCGACUUUCAGGAGUCUCGGAAAAUGAGGUAGUUUGGGCACCAGCAGAUGGACACUAUCUCGACGAAUCGUUAUGCAACUUACUCGGCAUUUCUGAGACGGCAAAAUCUUUGAUACGCCUUCUACCAGUUCCCGGACCAAAUCACAUCAAUCAGAUAAAUCUAUUUGAAUCUAGUUCUCUAAUAGAUGUUACAACUAGCUCUGGCCUAAAAAACAGCCGUGAAGCCCCGCCACGCCCAGACUCAGCCCGGGACUAUAUACUACCUGACGAAGUGCAGCUAGCUAUUGGAGAUAGUGAGUCUAGUGCUAUCAUACUUGACACAAACGAAAAUACGAUUAGAGUAGUGUCCCUCUCCCAAGGUACGGAGGCUAUGAACCCACCUUCGGCUAUCUUAGAAAGGCCUCAGGAUCCUUACCACUAUCGAAACUACUGGCCUCGGCAUGCUCCAACCUGGCUUCGUGUUCAUUUACAAAAGAUCAAGUCUCUCGAUACAAUUCCUCCUGGAAUCCAGAAAUACGCCCUCGGCUAUCUGGAUUUUGAAUAUGAAUGGAUGCGGCGUAAGAUCAAACAUACUCUUGAAGGAACCUACGGUUGGCCUAGUAACUUUCAACAACUAGCAUGGGAUCAAGACCGUGAGCGCAUUUGGGAAGAAACUGAUCAAGAGUUCGAGCGCUUGGGCCGACCUGAUGUGCUACGUUUCUUGUGA